AUACCUCUGUAUUGGUACCGUCCAAAGGCUAUAAAUACUCAGCUAAACUGCCCUCUACUCGGUGCACUGUGUGCAGCUUCGGUUGCUAAGGAACCACUGACUGCAGGUAAUACAGCAGGACAGCGGUAGCAUGCUAGCUUCCAAACAAGGUGGCAUAAAGAUGAUGGUGGCAUAGUGAGAAAACUGGUCAGUCUGGCUGGUUGAGGUGUGGAGGAGACACCACAAACCACGCCAGGAUUCUGACUAAUACAACUUCCACUGCCCUCAUUAAAUCUUCUCAUCUCCAUGUCUAUCCCUGGAUUGUAGCUACAAUUAUGGUGACUCUUAUCACAGAGCAGCUCCGUAAGCAGAGUUUGGACGAGCCUUAUUACAAGGCUUUCUCAUUCAAUGUGAAUGCGUCAUUACCUGCAGUGGGCUCCAGUCCCACUGUCUCGUGGAGUGCUUGUAGAUCGACAAAAGGCAAGUUCAUUGAAUUAAUUGCAGUAUUUUUCAACUUAUCAGCAGGGAAAUGUCUCAUGUCUCAUCUUUUGGCAUUUUCAGAGACCAGCUCAGCCACACACCCAUCAUCCAAAGUCAACCUUCUGGAUGAUUCCUGUGGACCAGAAUCCCUAUGCCCUCAUUCCCACUCUGGAGAACCCCUCCAGAGACGAGAGGUUUCUCUCACAGACGAGGCUUUCCAAAGCUCACCACCACCACCACCACCAAAACGCCACUGCCGGUCCCUGUCUGUUCCAGAGGACCUGUCUCGGUGCCGCUCCACCUGGCAUCCAAGUGCAUCCAAGGUUUGGACCCCAGUCAAACGUGACUGCCAAAGUGGAGGAUUAUCUAGUUCAGGCUCUGGAGCUAGCUCUUUGCCACUUUGUGGUCCCAGUUCCUCUUUCACCUCUUCAUCCCUACACUCAUCUUCUAGCCCUACCUUCUUUAGCUUAGCACUGUCCUCUGACUCUCCACUACCAUGGAGCUUCCCAUGGGAUCCCUGUGACAAACUGAAAGGAGCCUAUUCGGCCUCCUUUGCUACUCCUUCCUCCUGCUCCUCUUCACCAGCCCCGCUGGUUUCUCACUCAGUGCUGCAGCGCCGCUUCUCCCUCUCCCCUGUGCACAUUCAAGAUGCCUCUUCUGUGCUCCUGCCCCCCCAGCCCUCCCCUGUUUCUGCUCUGACAUAUGGCUAUUCUGGCAUAGAACACCCAGCCCUGUCUCCAUCUCCCACUUCAGCCUGCAGUACACCAUCCUCCUCUAGGCGUGAUCGGCACCCAGCGCUGCCACGAUGCCAUUCGCAGCCCUGUGACAUGCGCAAACCUCGCUUGAAGAGGCGCCAUGACCCAGAUGUUCUGCCCUGCCACAGGCCAGGCCUUGACUUCAGCAAGAUGACACAGAUUGGUAAUCACGAGAACCUAGUGUGUGGUACAGGUGGCUGUAUAGUUCCAGUGUCUUCCCAGGCAGAGCAGCGCUCAGCCUUCUCCCCUGCUGACUUCCUGGGACGAGCCAGCAUUGGGCCACUAAGUGAAAGUGAAGAGGAGGAGGAAGAAGAUCAAAGAGAACGGACUGUAAUAGAUGGAGGACAAAAGAUUGUUUUUGAAAGGGACUGCACAGAACUGGACUUGAACCUUAUAGAAGAGAACUAACCACUCCUUGGUGCUCCCAGUGUGAUUACUGCAUUCAUAACCACGUUAAGCACACCUGUAGGCUUUGUGCGCUCUUCUGGCAGAGUCCUUGGGAACCUGCUGCCCUCCUAAGGCAUAUGUCCAGAGUGCAUAAUCAAGAACCAAGAAAUUAGAAGCUAAUAUCAAAUUACAAUGUUAUGAUGGUAACAUUUAAGCUAGUUCACUAUUGAACAUUUAAAAAAAUAAAGUCAAGAGUGCCUGCCUAUUCAACACUCCAUAGGGGAAUGUGCAUGAGUAAAUAAGCUAGUUUUCAUGCACACAGAAUUUGGCUAAUAUUUCAUAUUGAUAGUCUUAAUUUGCUUUGAGCAUUGGUAUGCAUCUUGAUAUCCUUACAUAUCAAAGAAUAGUAUAUACUGGAGUAAGCAGAAUGUGCUUAAUAUUUCCUCCAUAAAUGAUUUGAAUACACACUAAAAGCCAAUAGGUUAAUGGGAUUAGAGGUAAGCAUUCCUCAGUGCCCCAUCAGAUACUGCUGUAGUCUUUGUAUUUGGGUCUCUGAAAUUGGACAUGACUGUAUGUGAGCUAUUAAAGGUGGACAUGUUGCUGCCAUGUGUAGGUCAAAAUAUUAUUUGAAUAGCUCAAACAUUAUUGAUAAUGUAACAAGAUUACUGAUCUCUAUGUAAAUGCUCUCCUGUAGGUUUAACAGGAUACAUUCCAGGAUUUCGCUACAGUUCGUUAAAUCCUUUAUGGACCCUAAAGAUUUGUCUACUUUUACUGCUUUUCUGUCAUUGAUUUAGCUUGUCCUUUUGGAGUAACUACAUCAUCAAAGGGAAGCUUUUCUUGUAAUAGCAGAAAGGAUAGCUCUCUUUUGUUCAUAUAUUCUGUUUUGGAAUUUUCUCAAUUGCUUGAACAUUAACACACCUUGUCAACAAUAAUACUGAUGAUACUGUAAACUGACCAUGCCUUAAGCUUAAAAUACAGAGCUCUUGGUGCUCUGGUCUUCUCUUCACAGCCAGACAUUUUUGCAAUCUACCUUUGCGCUGAUUCAGAUAUUUUUGCACAGGUGGCACAUGCACUAUAAUAGUCAAUUGCAUAACUGAAUCAAUGCUGCAGCUGGACUCCAUAGGGCACAAUGUAAUGUACUGUACAGUGGUUUGAGUGCGUACACACGUCGAGCCAAUUCUGAGUGUAUGUGAAAAGGUGGGCAGUAGUUAUGCAGAUGAUUUGGUGGCCUUUCAGAAAUGAUUUUUCAUGUGUUUUCAGAUGGAAAUAUUCCUGUUGCACAAUUUAUGUACAAAUAAAAUUUAAUAGAGAA